UGUGAUUUUUUCGUUUUAUCGCUAUCGCUGAUAAUUUUUUGUUUUUUUUUAUCGUUUAUCGUUUAUCGUUAGGUAUCGCAAACCUUUCUUAUCGUUUUAUCGUUAUCGCAGGUCUGAAAAUUAGUUAUCGCGGAAAGCACUGCUAGAUUCUACCUAUAGGCAGUUUGUCUUUUGAUUGGCAAAGCCCUGAACUAUCACCAGACACGAGGGGGAUUGAGGGAAUUAUUGCAAUAAUCAUGUCUAUAAUUUCACAGAUUCUGACGGUGCUUCUUCUCUGGGUCUACCACCUGCACCUGUGUCUCUUCAGUACUGUCAAUACUUAGGAGUCUGUGUGCAGUGGUGCUGGCCUGCUGCCCAUCAAAGCAGUACAGAGGGCCAGUGAGCACCUGAACUAACAGCCAGCGGGCAGCACUCCACGUCUGCAGCCGCCGCAGGCAUCCCACCAUGUCGCUACUGCUGUGGCUGCUGCUGUGCGGACUGGUGGUGCUGGUGACCUGGCUGGUGACUGCUGCCCGAGCUGGACAGCGUGCCAGAUUGGCGGGUCGCCGUGGUGCCGCACCACCAGUUUCCUGGUCCUCAGCAGUGCGGGACGCAGCACGAGGCGUGGAGGCGAGACUGGCGGCACUGACAGGCCGGAGGGAGGGUGCUGCGCUGACACCGGCAGCAGCCAGGGGCAGGAGCCGUGGCGGCAGACUGGCAGCGGCUGCAUCCAGGUUAGCGGGAGCGGCCAGUCCACUCACCACUGAUGGGGUACUGGAUACGUCCAAUGGACCCAUCAAGCCGCUGUCGGGCUCGCUGCUGAGUGACAGCCUCAACAGGAGCUCGGGUACCGCUACGUGGCGGGUACAGCCGCAGCCCAGGAAUCCCAUCUACCGUCUGAACAGCAUGAGGAACAUGCAGACUCUGGAGAGAUAUAUGGACACUCCUACCAAGAAACGUGCUGAUCACAGCGAGGCGCCGAUGCAGACCGCCCUACCGUCGCCCGGGCUCCGUCUUCGUCCACGCUCGACCGGCGUCACUGCCGCAGAUCGAAGCGGCACCUCCCGACUGCCGAUAGUGAACCUGUCCGGGUCGCCGCGCCGGCAGCUGCGGCCGGCCACGGCCAGGUCGCCUGUGGAGGUGACCAUUAGAGUGGCGCCGCCAGAGCCGCCGCCGCAGCCGCGCGCCAACGAGUCGGGAUCGACGGGAGAGAGUCCCAGGCGGGCGACCUCUGGCGGCUCGCUGUCCAGCGCCCAUCUCAGCGGCGCCCAGGCGGUGGUGGCUGGUCUGGCGGAGACGGCGGCGCUCAGGAAACGGGCCAGGAACGAGGAGGACGAUGACGAGGCGAAGCGCGCGCGCCACCUUGCUGAUGAUUCCUCCCAGCUGGACUCACCCGACGACGACGAAACGAGCGAUCUGGAGCUGGACGAGAUGGCCCCUGUCGUGCCGCACGGGAAGCGCAGUUUCGCGCAUAUCUCGACAGAUGGCUCUGAUGGCGCGGCGCCCGCCGAGGACGGCGCUGGAAAGCGGCAGCGGCUCUCUGUGAUGAGCGGGCAGGACAUUCUGUCCUCGCUGAGUUCCUCCGCCCGCCGACCAGCCGCCAAAAAACGCACAGCUGACGCCGAGUCGCCGCCGGCCGCUGGGGGUCGAAGCUCGGUCUCAAAGCGUCGGCCGGCGGCUGGGACGGCGACCCCAGUCCGACCGGCCGCCCCAGCCCCCACUCCGGCCCCGGCGCCCGUGGUCUCCCCGCCCCCCGCGGCGCAGACCAGCAACGAAGACGAGGAGGGCGACGAAAGGAUGGAGGCUCCCGAGUCGACGCCGGCGUCUGACAAGUCGAGCGGGUCGUCCCCUCCAGCUCGCCCUGUCCGCAUGCUGAGCUCUCCGGCCGAGCCGCCGGCUAAACCUGUAUACCUGACCCGAGAGGUCACCCUGGAGGGCUACGAGCGGGACAGAAACCGGCGACUGGCCGGGCUGCUGCGGGCCUUCGAUCGCGCAGACGCCAAGAAGGAGCCGCCGACACCGACACCGGUACAGAUGGCGAGCCCCGUGUCCACGGAGGCCUUGUCUCUCACCUCGACCACGCCCUCCUCCGUGACCACGCCCCCCGCCGCGGCCACGCCCACCACGGCGAGCACUGCCGGUCCGGCGGCGUCACCGGCCCCGACGACCGUGCUCAGCAGCGCUACCAGCUCUGUGCCGUCGCCGUCGGCUGGCGGAGGCCUCACUUCAGCCGCUGUGCACGUGUCAGCGGCCGCCCCGGCGCCGACAGCGGCCACGGCCGGCGGCUCCGGGGCCGUACCGUCGCUGCAGUUCGGAUCUGGAUCGACGGUCGUGUCCUCGGCGACUUCUGUAGCUCCAACUCCAUCGGCGUCGUCGGGGACCGUACCGCCGGCGUACAGCGCUGCCGUCUCGGCCGGUACGGUGUCCGCAGCGGCGGCAAGCAGUGCGUCGAACGCGGCGGUGCCAGCGAGCUCCGCCGGCCCGACGUUCUCUUUUGGAGCGCCGAAACCUGUGGAAUCCACGGGACUGAAGUUCGGAGCGCUUGGUGCCACGGUCAGCACGGCGUCUUCGACGGAGGCGAGCAGCAAGGCGGCGGCGCCGACUUUCAGUUUCGGGAGCAACUCGAGCGCUGCUCCGGCGUCCAGUACUCCUGCCACGGCGGCGACCGCUGCGCCGACCUUCACAUUCGGAGCUGCCGCCACGAGCACUUCGUCUGCGCCCGCCGCUGCGCCAUCAGCCACCUCUGCGGCCGCUGCUCCGACGUUCUCGUUUGGCGCCCCGGUCAGCGUGGCCUCCAGCCCCGCUGCUCCGUCCUUCUCGUUUGGAGCUCCGAGCUCAGCUGCGGGCGCCGCCACCGCUUCGACGGCGGCACCGACCUUCUCGUUCGGUAGCGCGUCCGGACAGGCCGCCGCGCCUGCUGCAGGGGCAUCUGCCAGCAACGCCGCAGCCAAGACGACGUUUGGUGUCGCCACCACCACCUCCGCGCCUGCCCCGGCGUUCGGCGCCGCUGCCAGCACCGGUCAGUCGGGGACGUUUAUGUUUGGUGCGGCGGCCACCACAGCUACUCCAGCCCCAGCGUUUGGUGCCACUACCACGACCGCACCGGCCUUCGGGGCGGUCACCAACGGAACUGCGAUGUUUGGUGCUCCCUCGAGCUCGGCACCACCCGCAUUUGGAGCCUCGACGAGCGCGACACCAGCGUUCGGCGCUGCCUCGAGCCAGCCUGCUGCCGCCGGCGGAGGGUUUAGCUUUGGGGCGGCCCCGUCGACUGCCGCGUCCUCUAAUAGUGGUGACGUGAGUGCCAGCUUCACGUUCCGGGCGCCAACCUCGCAGCCGGCUGCCGCCGUUACAGCGUCGGCGACGUUCGGCGCGACGGCCUCGCCGUUCGCGGCAGCCACGUCAACCUCUACGUCAGCUACUUUCACAUUCGGGGCUAAACCCUCCGCGCCGGCUGCCACCGCCGCUCCUACGCCCACCUUCGCCUUUGGUUCGGCGAAUACAGCGUCGCCAGCGCCUGGCAAACCGACGUUUGCGUUCGGCGCGGCGGCUCCGGCGACCACCCAGCCUGCGUUCGGCAGCGGCGCCGCUGCCGCUGCUCCUGCCGCUCCGUCGGGGGUGUUUUCAUUCGGAGCGACUUCCUCGGCGCCUGCCGCCGCGCCGCCGGCCUCUGGUGGGGUCUUUACGUUUGGCAAGGCCCCGGCUGCCACUGGGGGUGCGUUCGGCGUGGCGCCGGCCGCGACGGGAAGCACGUUUGGCGCGGCGCCGGCCGCUACUACGGGUGCGUUCGGAGCGGCGCCAGCUGCCACUGGAAGCACGUUCGGCUCCACACCAGCCGCUGGGGGUGCGUUCGGCAAGGCGCCGGCUGCGACUGGCGGUGCGUUCGCGUUCGGUAGUGGCUCGGCGCCUCCAGCCCCGGCGAGUGGAGGUGUCUUCACGUUCGGAGCUGGUUCGGCGGGCCAGCCGGCGGCGGCCAAACCGGUGGGGGUGGCGAGCCCCUUCGGCGCGGCACCGGCCGCUGCUGCGAGUCCGUUCGGCGCUGCCCCCGCGGCUGCUGCGAGUCCGUUCGGCGCCGCGCCGGCCGCUGCGAGUCCGUUCGGAACGCCUCAGCAGACGGCGACACCGCAGGCCGCCGCCAGUCCCUUCGGAGUGCAGUCACCGUUUGGAACCCCGUCGGCGGCUCCCGGCAUGCCGGCGUUCGCCUCUCCGCCUGCCUUCAACAUGGGUGCAGCGGGGACCCCCCAGGCGGCGGGCUCGUUCAGUAUCGGUACAGGCGACAACAGACAGCAGCGGCGGUUCGCGCGGGCCACCCGCCGGCGGCAGUAGGGCGGGACGUCACCGGGCAUGAUGAACUGGUGACGUCAUAGUUACACAGUGAUCCCGUAACGUUAUGAUUCUUCGGCAAUUCUGUCACGUCAUGGCUAAAUGGUACUGCAACGCCAAUUUCACGGUGAUGAGUAAAAGUGCCAUCACAGUGAAAGCCUGAGGACGGAAGGUGUUGAGAGCUGCGUCAUGAGCCUUGCCAUCUUGAACUGUCCAGGGCUCUAUUCAGCAUAAUUGUCACGACUGGGGCUCCACGGUAAUGGAGGAGCCAUGUGUGAUGAUGGGUCCCGCCCAGCCACUGAAUAUUCCCCGCUGUGUACUUUGUAUACGAUUUCAUUUAGCCUCGCGGUGAAGCAAACGUCAGUUUGAAGAUGGUGAUCGUUUUACUGGAGCGAAGUUGUUCGUGCUUGUACGUACAGGGAAGGGUAGGAUGAAAGCAGGAAUUUCAUUGGCCGGGGUUGAUUGACGUGCUGCCGUCGUUCUCUGGGAAUAGCGUGAUUGAGGCAGUGCGUGUACGGUACAGUUGUGGGGCAGAAGGAAGUCUUUUAGCACAACGCAUACCCGUAGGAACUAAGGCUGAAGAUAGGGCGAUCUUUCAGAAUACUGUUGUUGAGGUGGUCUAAUGGCUGUUUUAUUGCAAACAUCCCCAUCAGUUGCUGAUAUUUGCUGUUUCAUCAUAGUGAACUCGCGUUUUAAGCCGUGUCAUCCUUGUGUCGUUACGAUGUGAGGGAGGAAAACAAAUACAAUCAUUGGUCCACCGAGCAAACCA